CCCCCCAAGCCAACUGACGAGCCCCCCAAGCCCACCGAUGAGCCCCCUAAGCCAACUGACGAGCCUCCCACACCCACCGAUGAGCCUCCCAAGCCUACUGACGAGCCGGAGCCGACUGGUGCCCCUGAGCCAACCGGCGCCCCUGAGCCCCCGUCUGAUGACGAGUAA